GCUUUGAAUGUGGAAAGAGCUGCUGUUGGCGUAGCUCUGUGCUGGGAGUCUGAGUGAUUUGCGGGUGCUCUCAUGGAUGGCAGGCCCAUCACUCUGGGGCUCCUCGCUUGGCCCAGCCACUUGGGGUGAAGGCCAAGUAGUUUGGCAAGAGGGCCUGGGGACCCCUGAUACCAGCAGUCACUCUCCGGGCUCCAGGCCCACCGCAGUAAUUUCCUGCACACCUCGGCUUUGUGUCUCCCCCACACCAGCUCACCCCCUGCGGCCUCUCUGAUGGAUGGGGGAGCUCCUGGACUUCUGGCAGAGCAGCCCACAAACUUUCUCCUCUCAGCCCCUCUCCCCUCCCUCCCUCCUCCUCUGCUCCCUCCCACGGCCGCUGUGCAGAGCUGCCUCCUCCUCCCUCCCCGAAUCUGCAGCGUGACUGGAAAUAGGCUGAAUUCAUCAGCAGAUUGAAGCUGCGCUCUGCUGUGUCUGGUUCUGAUUCUCUGCAGCACCGCUCGGCUCCGCACUCACUCCUGUGCUCUCCUUCCUGGCCCCGCUUCUCCACCCGCUCGCUCUCCUUCCCUCCCUGCCUCUCCCCCUGUGCUUGGAAGUUCCGAGGCAGACCAUGCUCUUCAAGCAGGCAGAGCUCUGGAUGCCCCACCAGGGCAAAGGCAACAAAGGCGAGCCCCCCUUGGCCCUGGGCCUGUCCACGCGGAAGGCCCUCAGCAUCCUGAAGGAGCAGCUGGAGGCGGUGCUAGAAGGACACCUGAAGGAGCGGAAGAAGCGUCUCACGUGGAAGGAGAUGUGGAGGAGCAGCUUCCUACACCACAGUAACCGCUGCUCCUGCUUCCACUGGCCCGGCGCCUCGCUCAUGCUCCUGGCUGUCCUGCUGCUGCUGGGCUGCUGUGGGGGCCAGCCGGCCGGCAGCCACGGGGUGGAGCUGGUGAACGCCUCAGCGCUGUUCCUCUUGCUGCUGCUCAACCUUGUCCUCAUUGGGCGGCAAGAGCGCCUGAAGCGUCGUGAGGUGGAGCGGAGGCUCCGAGGGAUCAUUGACCAAAUCCAAGAUGCCCUCAAGGAUGGCAAGGAGCUCAAGUGGCCAAAUGCCUUGUACCCCGACCUCCACAUGCCCUUUGCACCAUCCUGGUCCCUGCACUGGGCCUACAGAGAUGGACAUCUGGUCAACCUGCCGGUUAGCCUGUUGGUGGAAGGAGACAUCAUCGCUCUGAGGCCCGGCCAGGAAUCUUUUGCCUCUCUGAGGGGGAUCAAGGAUGAUGAACACAUCGUCUUGGAGCCGGGAGACUUGUUUCCCCCUUUCUCCCCACCCCCGUCCCCCCGGGGAGAAGUGAAGAAAGGCCCACAGAACCCCCAGCAGCACCGGCUCUUCCGCGUCCUCGAGACCCCUGUGAUCGACAAUGUCAGAUGGUGCCUGGACAUGGCCCUGUCCCGCCCAGUCACUGCUCUGGACAACGAGAGGUUCACGGUGCAGUCGGUGAUGCUGCACUAUGCCGUGCCCGUGGUGCUGGCUGGCUUCUUCACCACCAAUGCCCUGCGCUUCAUUCUGAACGCUCCUGGAGUCACCUCCUGGCAGUACACCCUGCUCCAGCUGCAGGUGAAUGGCGUCCUGCCCAUCCUCCCCCUGCUCUUCCCAGUCCUCUGGGUUCUGGCAACCGCCUGUGGAGAAGCCCGAGUCCUGGCCCAGAUGAGUGAGGCCUCGCCCAGCUCCCUGCUGGCCAAGUUCUCGGAGGACACACUCAGCAGCUACACAGAAGCUGUCUCCACUCAGGAGAUGCUGCGCUGCAUCUGGGCCCACUUCCUGCGGGUGAUCCAGGGGACGUCGCCGACGCUCAGCCGCAGCUCCAGCUUGCUGCACAGCUUGGGCUCUGUCACGGUCCUGUGCUGUGUGGACAAGCAAGGGAUCCUGUCGUGGCCAAACCCCAGCCCAGAGACCGUGCUGUUCUUCAGCGGGAAGGUGGAGCCGCCGCACAGCAGCCACGAGGACCUCACGGAUGACCUGUCCACCCGCUCCUUCUGCCACCCCGAGGUAGUGGAGGAGCCCCAUGAACGAGACGCCCUCCUCAUGGGCUCCCUGAACACGACCCUGCAUCUUUCCAAUGAGCAGGAGCGUGGCGACUGGCCUGGAGAUGGUCCCAAGCCCCCUGAACCCUACUCUCACCACAAAGCCCACUGCCGCAGCAAACACCCGUCCGGCUCCAACGUGAGCUUCAGCCGGGACAUAGAGGGCGGGGAUGAAGAGCCCAGAAAGGCCCAGCCUGGGCUGGAGAGUGAGCCCUACGAGACAGAGGACUUCGUGUGUGACUACCACCUGGAGAUGCUAAGCCUGUCGCAGGACCAGCAGAAUCCCUCCUGCAUCCAGUUUGAUGACUCCAACUGGCAGCUCCACCUCACCUCCCUCAAGCCCCUGGGCCUCAACGUGCUGCUGAACCUGUGCAACGCCAGCGUCACCGAGCGGCUGUGCCGCUUCUCCGACCACCUGUGCAACAUCGCCCUGCAGGAGAGCCACAGCGCCGUGCUGCCUGUGCACGUGCCCUGGGGCCUCUGUGAGCUUGCCCGGCUCAUUGGCUUCACGCCAGGGGCCAAGGAGCUCUUCAAGCAGGAGAACCACCUGGCGCUCUACCGCCUCCCCAGUGCCGAGAUGGUGAAGGAGACUUCGCUGGGGAGGCUCUCCUGCGUCACCAAGCGACGCCCUCCCCUCAGCCACAUGAUCAGCCUCUUUAUCAAGGAUACCACCACCAGCACAGAGCAGAUGUUGUCCCACGGCACGGCCGAUGUGGUCUUGGAGGCCUGCACUGACUUCUGGGACGGAGCUGACAUCUACCCUCUCUCGGGUUCCGACAGAAAGAAAGUGCUGGAUUUCUACCAGCGAGCCUGCCUAUCUGGUUACUGCUCUGCCUUCGCCUACAAGCCCAUGAGUUGCACCCUGUCCUCGCAGCUCAAUGGCAAGUGCAUCGAGCUGGUGCAGGCACCUGGCCAGAGCAGCAUCUUCACCAUGUGCGAGCUGCCCAGCACCAUCCCCCUCAAGCUGAGCACCCGCCGCAACAGCUGGAGCUCCGACGAAGGGAUCGGGGAGGUGCUGGAGAAGGAAGACUGCGUGCAGGCCCUGAGCGGCCAGAUCUUCAUGGGCAUGGUGUCCUCCCAGUACCAGGCCCGGCUGGACAUCGUGCGCCUCAUCGAUGGGCUGGUCAACGCUUGCAUCCGCUUCGUCUACUUCUCUUUGGAGGAUGAGCUCAAAAGCAAGGUGUUUGCAGAGAAGAUGGGCCUGGAGACAGGCUGGAACUGCCACAUCUCCCUCACGCCCAAUGGGGACAUGCCUGGCUCCGAGAUCCCCCCCUCCAGUCCCAGCCACGCGGGCUCCUUGCAUGAUGACCUGAAUCAGGUGUCUCGAGAUGAUGCAGAGGGGCUCCUUCUGAUGGAGGAGGAGGGUCACUCUGACCUCAUUAGUUUCCAGCCCACGGAUAGCGACCUUCCCAGCUUCCUGGAGGACUGCAACCGGGCCAAGCUGCCCCGGGGCAUCCACCAGGUGCGGCCCCAUCUGCAAAACAUUGACAACGUGCCCCUGCUGGUACCCCUCUUCACUGACUGUACCCCCGAGACCAUGUGCGAGAUGAUCAAGAUCAUGCAGGAGUAUGGGGAGGUGACUUGCUGCCUGGGCAGCUCUGCUAACCUGCGAAAUAGCUGCCUUUUCCUGCAGAGCGAUAUCAGCAUCGCCCUGGACCCCCUGUACCCAUCCCGCUGCUCCUGGGAGACCUUUGGCUAUGCCACCAGCACCAGCAUGGCCCAGGCCUCGGAUGGCCUUGCGCCCCUUCAGCUCUCCGGGCAGCUGAACAGCCUGCCCUGCUCCCUGACCUUCCGCCAGGAAGAGACCAUCAGCAUCAUCCGCCUCAUCGAGCAGGCACGGCACGCCACCUACGGUAUCCGCAAGUGCUUCCUCUUCCUGCUGCAGUGCCAGCUGACUCUCGUGGUCAUCCAGUUCCUCUCCUGCUUGGUCCAGCUGCCCCCACUCCUGAGCACCACUGACAUCCUGUGGCUGUCCUGCUUCUGCUACCCUCUCCUCAGCAUCUCUCUGCUGGGGAAGCCCCCUCACAGCUCCAUCAUGUCCAUGGCGACCGGGAAGAACCUUCAGUCUAUCCCUAAGAAGACCCAGCACUACUUCCUGCUCUGCUUCCUGCUCAAGUUCAGCCUCACCAUCAGCUCGUGCCUCAUCUGCUUUGGCUUCACGCUGCAGAGCUUCUGCGACAGCGCCCGGGCGCGCAACCUCACCAACUGCUCCUCCAUCAUGCUGCCCAGCUCCACCGACACGGCUCCAGCCUGGUUUGGCGACUUCGCUAACGGGCUGCUGACAUCCCAGAAGCUCGCCGCCGCCCUGAUCGUCCUGCACACUGUCUUCAUUUCUAUCACCCACGUGCACCGCACCAAGCCCCUGUGGAGAAAGAGCCCCUUGACCAACCUCUGGUGGGCCUUGACGGUGCCCGUGGUGCUGCUGGGGCAGGUGGUGCAGACGGUGGUGGACCUGCGGCUGUGGACCCAUGGGGCUAGCCACGUGCACUUUGGCCUGGAGGACGUGCCGCUGCUGACGUGGCUGCUGGGCUGCCUCUCGCUGGUCCUCGUGGUGGUCACCAACGAGAUCGUGAAGCUGCAUGAGAUUCGGGUCCGGGUCCGCUACCAGAAGCGACAGAAGCUGCAGUUUGAAACUAAGCUGGGCAUGAACUCUCCCUUCUGAGCCAUGGGCCGCAGAGGCCAGUUGCCCUGGUCCCUGGGGCUGAAGCAGACCCGUUUUGGGGUAUGGGUGGGUGGUAUCACGAACGUUUCAGGGUUUUCUCCUGCAUCUCAUGGCACUGGAGGCCCCGGUCCCAGGGCUUGUCAUCUGUUGCGCGGAGGCGCUGCUGAGCCUGGGCCCCAGGUCUGCCUGCUGGGCGUCCUCCGGGUCUAGGCAGGGGCGUCUUGAGUGUGUGAUAUUGAGCGCUUAGUUGAAGGCCCUCAACCCCUCCCACCGUGUGUGUGCCCCCUUCAGGGUCCUCUAACCCAGUGCCCUCUGCUCUUGGGCCUCUGGGGCAGCGCUGUGAAUAUGGGGCGGCGGGGAGCAGUGCCUCAACUUUUUGCCAGCGCGGUGGUGGCAGCUAUGAGAGGUUGUGCCUCGCUCGGGCGGCUGCUGCUGCGGGGGUGCCGGAGCCCCACCCCGCGCCCCUCAUCCUGUCUUCCCGGGGCAGGGGCCGAGGUGUAGCCAGGCAUUUCUCCUCCCUCCACCUGUGGGGACCCGAAGAAGGUGAAAGCCCCUCACCUGGGCCUGGAAGUGCUUCCCGUGGCCACCCUCAAGCGAGCCGUGGGGUCAGUCUUGGGGACCCAGCCCAGGGGGCCCCUUUGGGCCCCUGCCCGAGUUCUCCUGUGAGAAUGUUUUUACUGGUGUAUAUUUUUUACUGGAAAUGAGCCUUCUAGGAAUGAAUGUAGACUGGUUUGUAUUAAAACUUGUAAAUUGCUUAAGAAAAACCUGUGACUGGUCCAUGAGGCUUCAGCCAGUGAGGGAACCCCAAAGAUGAGGCGGCGGGGGUGGGGGUCACCCGAGCCUUCCUCCUCAUCCGAGGUGGUGCGCGGCGUGGCCCGGCGGUGGCGGCACAGACCCAGACACACAGCUGCUCGUGCGGCACGACACGUUCAUUGGUGUUAGUCGGGGGAGAGGUUAAGGUUCCAGAACUGGGGCCUGGGCCACGGUGUCAGGCUCCUGCCCCCAGGCUGGCAGCAGGCACUUCGGCUGCCAUCCAAAGCCCCUCCCCACUACGUCCUUUCAGGCAGUUAUAGAUAGAAUAAAUUCCAUUUAAAAUAUAUGCAUUUCUCUCUGCUUAAAAAAUAACAUUUACAGUUGAAAAAGCUUGGACUUCAGGGUUCUCUUCAUAGUGCC